AUGCUUCUGACGGACAAUUGUUUGCCCAAAGACCAUAGACAAGCGCAAAAGGUGUUGAAUGGUCUUGGAUUGGGUUAUGAAAAAAUUCAUGCUUGCAAAAACAAUUGCAUGUUAUUCUACAAAGAGUAUGAAACAUUGGAUACAUGCCCUAUAUGCAAAGAGUCGAGGUUCAAGAUGACAUCUCAGAAUAGGACGACUAAGAUCCCACAGAAAGUCAUGCGUUAUCUGCCCUUGAAACCUAGGCUACAACGAUUGUAUAUGUCGACUCAUACUACCACAGACAUGAGAUGGCAUAAGGAGAAACGGGUAGACGACGAUGUGAUGCGGUAUCCUGCAGAUGGGGAAGCAUGGAAAGAGUUCGAUCGAACGUUCCCCGACUUUGCUGCUAAUCCUUGA